GCCCCUGGGUGUGGAGUAAUGGGAAUCGAAGACCGGCGCUAAAUUCCCGUGGAGUCAUUGAGACCUUGGUGUGUGUGUGGGAUGGGGGGAGGCGCUCCCACUCUUAGUCACAUUUCGUUCUUAGCUCCACCCUUGGAUAGAGUUUCCCAGAGCCCAAAGGGGAGAUGGCUGAGCGUCCGUUUCGCUGCCAAACAGCUCCAGCUUUUCUGAGCCUCUGAGCUGGGCUUGGAGGGGAGUCCGGGUGCUUACCCUCGGUAUAAGUCCUGCAGCAAUGAGCCGGGCCACUUUCUUCGAGGUGGAAAUCCUUGAUGCCAAGACCAAGGAACAGCUGUGCUUCCUCGACAAGGUGGAGCCAAAUGCUACAGUUGGAGAAAUUAAAUCUAUGUUCCAUAAGUCAUACCCUCAGUGGUAUCCAGCGAGACAGUCCAUCAGAUUAGACCCCAAGGGAAAGUGUGUACGCGAUGAAGAAAUUCUACAGACGCUCCCUGUAGGCACUACUGCUACCUUCUACUUCAAAGAUUUGGGCCCACAAGUAGGAUGGACCACAGUGUUCCUGACAGAGUAUGCAGGUCCACUCUUUAUCUACCUGCUCUUCUAUUCUCGCCUGCCUUUUAUUUACGAAGAAGAGGACGAAUUUACCACUAGCCCGCACACUGUGGUGCACUUGGCAGGAUUUUGCCACUCUUUCCAUUAUGUCAAAAGGCUGAUAGAAACACUGUUUGUGCAUCGUUUUUCUCAUGGUACAAUGCCUCUUCGUAACACUGUUAAGAACUGCUUCUAUUAUUGGGGUUUUACUGCGUGGCUGGCUUACUUCAUCAACCAUCCCCUUUACACACCUCCCUUAUAUGGUGACCAACAGGUCCAUCUGGCUCUUUAUACCUUCCUGGUAUGUGAAAUUGGAAAUUUCUCAAUCCAUAUAGCCCUGAGGAACCUGCGCUCUGAAGGAUCCAAGAUGCGUAAGAUUCCUUACCCAACAAAGAACCCUUUCACUUGGCUCUUUUUUUUUGUGUCCUGCCCCAAUUACACCUACGAGGUAGGAUCCUGGAUUGGUUUUACUAUAAUGACGCAGUGUCUUCCAGUCGGUCUCUUUACCCUGAUUGGUUUCUUCCAAAUGACUGUUUGGGCGAAGGGCAAGCAUCAUAUGUAUCUGAAGGAGUUUAAAGAUUAUCCCACCCUCCGCAUGCCGAUUAUUCCUUUCCUGUUGUAAUGUAGCACAGUUCUGAGGCACCAAAAAUGGCAAAGCCUUCUUGGGAGAAAUCCUCACCCUUAUCCACACCCUGACAAUUACACCAGGGCCUUCGGUGCAUGUCAACCUUCAGCAUGGGACUGCCAACUUGAAAUGCUCAUAUCUGUAUGACUGAUUCAGAUCACUGCAUUAGCCCAACUCAUUGUAGGUUGAUUUAUUUUAUUAUUCCUCAUGGUUUACAUUAGAAACCAUCUCAGUCCUUCCUCAGUACCUUACAUUAACUUUGCCUUAAUGCAAAGCUUGAAUGUUUAAUCACUUCUCAAACUACACAGCCACAGCCAUUGAUACUGUACUGUCUGCUAAGCAUGCUUGCUGUUGAUUUAAGUGUACUGGGGAGCGAUCCACUGUUUUCAAGGCUUUGUUUUGAAAUAUCUAGAUGCUGACAACAAAGGGCAGCCCGCGUGUGUUAUUUUGCAGAUCCUUUGCUCAUACUGUCUGUUGCCAAAUAAAAAUAAUUUAGUUGAAAUGCUUUCUUUUCAGAUAAAAUAAAUACUAAAUAAAGGGUGAAAUGAGUGAUGUUCUAGAGGGAAGCUCCUCUUGAGUGAUGGCCCGUGUCACGGACAGAAUUUACAUGUUCUCGUACUGCCAGUAUGAUCCGUAUGGUUUGUGAUGAAAGAGGUGUGCCUUUUCUUACCCUUGGUAUUUAUACCCCAAAUAAAAUCCAGCAGCAAGCUUUUGUGAGUUUAUAAAUAAAAUUUUUAUUCUCUCACACGCUCUUGACAUGUAUACUCAUGCACACAAAACCUAGCCACAGUUAAAGGUGGCACACUGAUAAAUUAUGGUUGACUCAUUCUUUAGCUGAUCAUCUUUGUUUUUCUUGUGGCAGUUUUCUCAGACAGUUUCAAUGCUUUAAAAUUAAGGUAAGUCUUGUUAAAGUGAAUGAUUUCAAUGGACCAUAAGGUUCCCUGUAGUUUAAUUUCUAGGAGAUUUCAAUCUGAUGAUAAUACCUUUUGAAUAGGUUUCAGGAAAGGGCAUUGAUUCACACCAUUCUGGAAUGUUACUUUUGUUCUUCCAUGAGACUGAGGAGUGCUGUCAAUCUACAAAAGAAGUCAGCUGUCUGAGGAUGACCAUCUGUCCUGUAUUAAAAUGUAUCAGUAAUGACUGAAAGUCCAUCACAUACAGGGACAUGAUACCUGGUAAUGUACAAAAACAGAAG